AUCCAGAUGCCACAGGUCGAGCCCUUUCUGCCCACUCCACCCAGCAGCACAGCUCAGCAGAGGCCCGGUCCGAAACGGCAAUAAUCCCCUCCUCCGGCAGAACCACCCCCACCGGCUGCGCGACCCCGCGUCGCUCGCCGGCGUUGACUCCCACGCCACUGCCGACCCACCAGCCACCACCAAAGCCACCGCGAGCUCCUCCCCUCCGCCGCGCCCAAAUGCCGCCUCACGCCGCCCCCAUCGCCACCACCAGCUCCAGGCGCGCCGUCUACCUCCUCCUCGCGGCGCUCGCGGCGGCGCCCUUCCUCCUCCUCCUCUUCUUCAACGGCGGCGCCUCCCCGUCCGCGCUCUGCCGCUCCUCCCCCGUCCCCCGCCGCAUCCCGUACCCAUCUGUCCUCUGGUCCCGCGUGCCGCCCCUCCCGGGGCUCCCCUCCUCCCCGCUCCCCGACCUCCGCGCCUCCCACUGGAUCGUCUUCUCCGCGUCGCCCCACCACCAGCGCCACCGCCCGCUGGCCGCCUUCCCCGGGUGGCAGCUCCUCGCCGUCGCGGACGAGGCGACCCCGCCCGGCUGGUCCCACCCGGGCGCCGCGCUGCUCACCCUCGCCGACCAGGCCCGCCUCGGCUUCCGCUCCGUCGAGUUCCUCCCCGCCCGCGGCCACGCCCGCAAGGCCGCCGCGUACCUCUUCGCCGUGCAGCGCGGCGCGCGCGUCGUCUACGACGCGGACGCCCGCAACGCCGUCGCGGGCAACAACCUCACCAGGCACUUCGACGUCGAUCUGGACCAGCGUCAGGGGGGCGGCUCCGUUCUGCUGCAGUACAGCCACGCCGAUCCCAACCGCACGGUGGUGAACCCGUACGUGCACUUCGGGCAGCCGUCGGUCUGGCCGCGGGGGCUGCCGCUGGAGAAGGCCGGGGAGGUGGGCACGGAGGAAUUCUACACGAUGGUGUACGGCGGUGGGCAGUUCAUACAGCAGGGCCUGUGCAAUGGUCUUCCAGAUGUUGACGCCGUGUUCUACCUCACUCGGAAGUCACUGGAAAUGGAGGCUUUCGAUGUUCAGUUCGAUGCAGACGCACCCAAGGUCGCAUUGCCACAGGGCGUGAUGGCGCCAGUCAACUCGCUCAAUACAAUGUUCCACGCACCGGCGUUCUGGGGUCUUGCAUUGCCGGUCUCGGUGAGUCCGAUGGCAUCCGAUGUUAUCCGUGGAUAUUGGGCACAGAGGAUACUAUGGGAGAUUGGGGGCCAACUGGUGGUCUACCCACCGACUGUGCAUCGCACUGAUAAUGUGCAUGCUCACCCAUUCGAUGAUGAGAAGGAUAUCCAUGUCAAUGUAGGGAGGCUGAUAAAUUUCCUGAUGGAGUGGCGGUCGACGAAACCGACACUCUUUGAGCGGAUUCUUGAUUUGAGCUAUGCGAUGACGGAGGAGGGUUUCUGGUGGGAGAAGGAUUUGCAUUUCAUGGCUGCGUGGCUGCAAGAUCUGGUCGCUGUCGGGUACAGGCAGCCAAGGUUGAUGUCAUUGGAGAUCGACCGCCCGAGAGCGGCCAUUGGUCAUGGGGAUAAGCAGGAGUUUGGCCCCAAGAAGCUGCCCUCUGUCCAUCUUGGGGUGGAGGAGAUUGGGGAAGUAAGCACUGAGAUUGGCAAUCUCAUAAAAUGGAGGAAGCACUUUGGUGAUGUUGUGCUUAUAGUGCAUUGCACCGGACCUGUGGACCGGACUGCACUAGAGUGGAGGCUUCUUUAUGGUCGGAUAUUCCGUGCAGUAGUUAUUCUUUCAGAGCAAGGCAAUUCAGAUCUCGCUGUUGAAUCCAGCAACUUUGCACAUGCAUACAAGUACUUGCCCAAGGUGUUUGAUCGGUUUGCAGGCGCUGAAGGAUUUGUAUUCCUUCAGGAUCAUAUGGUCCUAAAUUAUUGGAACUUAUUGGAUGCUGAUAAAUCCAAGCUCUGGAUAACCAACAAGGUGAAGGAAUCAUGGUCUGAUGUCCCUCUACCGGGAAAUAACAAUGAAUGGUUUAUGAACCAAGGAAAUAUGGUAAAAAAGGCGGUUGACAGUUUUCCAGUUCAUCAUCAAGCCAAUUACAGAAGAAGCAUAGGCGAAGAUAAGAUAAUUCAUUGCAGCAGUGAGAUAUUCUACAUACCUCGACGGUACACCAGUGACUUCUCCUACCUCGUUAAAGUUAUCGGAAACCUAGACAUCCAUCACACCAUUGGAGUCCCCAUGUUGUUCCUUGCAAUGGAUGUACCGAGCAAUUUUGAACCCAAAGCUUUGGGAAAACUUGCUUAUCGGACAAACUUGCCAUCAGAUACCACUUUCUCGGCGAUAUAUACUCCUGAAGCACAUGCUGUGUACCCUAUGAAGGUUGAGAAUGAAAUUGAUUUUGUAAAACUAAUCAGAGUCAUGGCUUCAGGAGAUCCUUUUCUUCUGGAGUUGGUCUGAUCCAGGAGACUAGAGUCCACUAAAAUUGUAUAAUUUGGGUUGGGAAGGGGAAACAAAACUACGAUCGUUAAAGUUAUUGUUUUGUUCCUCUUCAUCCUCCCUUUCAGUUGUAAGUUCAAUUUAACAAGAGACUUUUACCUUA